AUGAACCGCGAUAACGAGUCCAAGCCGGUCUACACCGAGGAGAUCGAGAAGCCUGGUGUUGAAUACAAUGAAAAGAAGGAUAUCAAUCAGAGGGCUGAGGCCAUUGAGGCCGAAAAUGUCGAGCACCAGAUGACUGUGCUCCAGGCCGUCAGGGCUUACCCUAUGGCUUCAUUCUGGGCCUUUGUCUUCUCCUGCACAAUCAUCAUGGAAUCCUACGAUGUUUUCCUGAUUGGUAACUUCGUCGCCCUCGAUGCUUUCAAACACAAAUUCGGAGUGCCAUCCGACACAAAACCUGGACAAUUUGUCAUCGAAGCGAAAUGGCAGUCCGCUCUCCAAGUUUCUGGUCAACUCGGCGCUCUCAUUGGUGUCUUCGUCGCUGGUCCUCUGACCUCCCGUAUUGGUUACCGCUAUGCCACUUUGACUGGACUCAUGCUCCUCAACGCCUUCAUCUUCAUCUUCUACUUCGCAAACUCCAUGCCCGUCAUCUUUGCAGCUCAGAUCCUUGAGGGUAUCCCAUGGGGUAUCUUCAUCGCCAACGCUCCUGCUUACUGUUCCGAGAUCGUGCCCCUCAGACUCAGAGCUCCCGCAACUCAGAUGUUGCAAAUGUUCUGGGCUAUUGGCAGUAUCAUCGUUGGCGCCGUUACAUACGUUUAUAACAAGGAUCCCCAUGAGAGAGCCUACAAGAUUCCCAUCGCUCUCCAGUGGAUGUUCCCUACUCCUCUCGCCGUCCUUAUCUGGUUCGCCCCUGAGUCCCCUUGGUGGUUGACCCGCAAGGGCAAGUACGAGCAGGCAGCACACUCAGUCGAACGCCUUGGUCGCAAGUCCGCCGUCAACUCGGCUGAUCAAGUUUCCAUGAUGCGUCGUGUCAUCGAGAUGGAAGCAUCUCAGAAGAAGCCCAGCUACGUCGAGCUCUUCAAGGGUACCGAUCUUCGCCGUACCUUCAUCGUCUGCUUCGUCUACGCUGCCCAGAACUUGACUGGUAACUUGAUUGCCAAUCAGGCCGUUUACUUCUUCCAGCAGGCCGGUGUCAACGACAACACCGCUUUCGCCCUUGGUCUCAUCACUUCCGCUCUUCAGAUGAUCUUCGUCAUGCUGUCCUGGAUCCUUACCACCUACUACGGCAGAAGAUCCAUCUACCUGUGGGGCUCAGCUGUCAACACCAUCCUCUUGAUCGCUCUGGGUGUCGCUGGAUCGGUCGGCAAGUCGAACGCUGCCAACCUUGCUCAGGCUUCUCUCGGUCUCAUUGUUUCUGUCCUCUUCACCCUCGGUCCCGCCCCUGCAUCGUGGGUCAUCAUCGGUGAAACCUCUGCUAUCCGUCUCCGUCCCCUCACCACUGGUAUCGGUCGUGCAACCUACUACAUCGUCGAAAUCCCUUGCAUUUUCCUCGCCUCCUACAUGCUCAACCCUAACCAGGGCAACCUUGGUGGCAAGUGCGGUUACGUCUGGGGCGGCACUGGUCUCAUCUGUCUUAUCACCGCAUACUUCUGCGUGCCUGAGAUGAAGGGCAGAUCUUACCGUGAGAUUGACAUUCUCUUCAAGCGCAAGGUUGAUGCUCGUCACUGGACUAAGACCGAUGUUGAUGUCAACGAUGAUGAGUAG